CUUCAGCUUGGGAGUAUGCAGGAUCAGCUUGUUGGUAACAGAACUGACACCUCAGUGAAGCCCAUUUACACAGGUGAUUUAGGUUCCUUGGUUGAGUGUCACAUUUCAUGAGCUUUGUUUAAACAGCUUCCAGUUGAUCAUUCCUGAAAAUUCAGGAGGUGGAAAUUGAAACCCCUUGGUAGCUUUCCUCAAAAAUCCUUCAGUAUUGUUGAGCAUUCAUGCUAAGUGUGUGAUUGAUACAUCAGAUAUGAUCGUGUACUGAAACACCAGAGCUGAAGUACCCACUUUUAUUGGUUACUUUAAGCUAACCAAGUGUGGACCAUCUUUUGUGUUUAGCUGUGAACAUAGAGCAUGGCCAGUUCUGCCUUAAAUAGGAAUACUUACAGUGUAAGACUUUCCUAAGGGAGUCAGCUGGGGGGUCAGUUUUGCCUUUUAUUUAGGCUCCUUUUCUUACCACCAAGAAUACAAAGAAGAAAGGUGAGUAAUACACUUGCAGAUUAAUUAGACUCUGUAUGCUAGAAAAAUACAGAGUUAAUGACCCUGUGAGAACAAAUUUAAAUAAAGAUUGGAGGAAUUGAAACAUGAUUGACUUGCCCAGGGAUUUUUUUGAGAACAUCCUCUAUUCUGGUUUGGGUUUUUUAUAAUUUUUAUUUGAGAAAGUCUUUCAGACACUUGGAAAUGUUUCAAUGGAUUUUAUGGAUCACAGCAAUCCCAUGUGGGAAAAACAGGCAUACUGAGGAGAAGAGAAUGGAUGAUUCUGCCAGAGCCUGACAGUCACACAUAUGGAGUGUGGUCUGUGAUCAGUCUUCCCAUGAACAUAUUAAUGAAGCAGUAGAGACGAAAAUAAGGAGUAUUUCAUCUCUCCACCCAAAGACUUGUCAUGUCUCAUCAUUACAAUGAAGCCUUUGAAAAUCCAGACUACCACUUGUCAGAGACACUGGAAAUUGAUAGAAGGAGGAAUUCUCAAGAGAAUCUGUUCUCUUACCAAGCCACUUAUGAUUCUUCACUACCUGGUUCCUACAGAGAACACAGUGGAAGAGGGCAGAAUUACCCUCUGGACAUACCAAUGGCCUCCAUGAGACACGGCUCUGAAUACAGUGAAGGUUUACCACGAGUUAAUGUCCUAAGAAGAAGUCCAUAUGGAAAUUCCACAGAUAAUCUUUCCUUUGAGCCUGAGUCUGAACUGGCAUACAGCCCACCUUCUCCAUUCCAUAGCCCCUAUACCCACAGCAUUUCCAAUGAAUCGGAAGGUAGCUUUAUUCGGAGACGCGACAGAAGACCACAUGAUGAGAUCUUCAUGACUUCUUCCAGUGUGUUUGAAGCAAAUCCAGUGUGGAAAGAAAAGGAAACUUUAGUUGAAAAUCUUGCAAGUAUGUCCACCAGUGAAAGGAUUAAAGCAAUCCAGAAGAUGCCAGAGACCAUGAAAAAAAAGAGAGAGAUCAGGAAUAAAGUUCUUGAAGAAAUAACAAAAAAAAAAUCAAGGCAUUGCAGCACUCAACUUUGCUCCUGCACACAGUGUAUGCAGGGAAUAGCAGUGUCAUUUCGGCGACUUGGAAAUAGCUUGUCAGAAUAUUUUCACCUACUGCAGUUACAGCAGAAGACUCUGAAGGUCAUUGGUGCCAAGUUUGGAACAAGUGUUCUUUCUUAUUUUAUUUUCUUGAAGUGGCUGCUAACUUUCAACAUCUUCUCAUUCCUCAUAAACUUCAGUUUCCUCACAAUUCCUCAGUUUCUUGCAGCAGAACCAAAUAACCUUUCAUUCACGGGUCUGGAGCUGCUCACUGGAGCUGGUUAUUUUCAACAAACAGUACUCUACUAUGGCUUUUACACCAAUGCUACAAUCAGUAAAAUAAAGAAUGGUCCAUCUUACAACAUGCAGCUGGCCUAUAUUUUCACUGUUGGAAUAUAUUUUGUCAUCUGUUUUCUUAUCUUGUUGUUCAGCAUGGCAAAGUCCUUCUGCAGGAACUUCAUUAACCCUCAGGCAUUCCCUGGAAAUGCUAGCAAACUUCUCUGCACUUGGGAGUUCAAUAUCACGAAUGAAAAAGCUGUGAAGCUGAAACAAAAGAAUCUCAGCACACAAAUAAAGGAAGACCUCUCUGAAGUAAACCGGGAAGUUCUAAGUUUUUCUGUAACAGAGAGAGUUGUUUGCAUUGCUAUUCAUUUUGCUUCGUGGGUCACUUCUCUGGGAACAGCAGUAGCUGCUUGUGCUGGUGUUUACUUCCUCUCCACUAAUAACCUGAAGCUAUUUGUGAAAGGGCACAGGAAUGACCUAGAGAGCCAAGCUGCCAUGUUGGUGCUACCUGUUGUCACAUCUGUCCUCAAUGCAUUCAUCCCGUUCUUCUACUCAUGGCUUGGACGUCUGGAAAGAUUUCAGACUCCUGGACAGCAUAUAUAUGUCACUAUUGCCAGAAGUAUCAUCCUGAAAAUAUCAAUUGUUGGAAUUCUGUGCUACUACUGGCUUAACAUUGUGGCUGCAUCAGAGUCACAGUGCUGGGAAACUCUGGUUGGCCAAGAUAUCUAUCGUCUUAUUGUAGUUGACUUCAUGUUUUGUUUGCUUGGCUCUUUCUUUGGAGAGUUUUUACAAAGAAUUAUUGGAACUACAGUUUGUGUGAGCCUGGGGCUGCCAGAGUUUGAUAUAGGACGAAAUGUUUUAGAUUUGAUCUAUGCACAGACUUUGACCUGGAUUGGUAUCCUCUUCUCACCUCUGAUGCCCGGUAUCCAGAUAAUAUCAUUUUCUAUAGUAUUUUGUGUGAAAAAGGUCAGUCUAAUGAUGAAUUGCCAACCCCCUCGCAAAGUCUGGAGAACUGCUCAAAUGACAACAACCUUCAUGUUCCUGCUGUUUUUCCCUUCCUUCCUUGGAGUUCUGUCUGUCAUUGGAGUCACUGUCUGGAGGUUAAAACCUUCAAAUGAAUGUGGUCCUUUCAGAGGUUUGUCUUCUAUGUAUGCUGCAGUCUCCGAGUGGGUAGCAAUACUGGAAAAUUACACUGCUUCAAAAUGGGUAGUGUGGAUCUACCAUAACUUAAUUACAAGUGAAAUUUUCUUCUUCGUCCUAUCCGUUUCUAUCCUAGUUAUUGUUUAUCUUUACUGGCAAAUAAUAGAAGGAAGAAAGAUCAUGAUCAAACACUUACAAAAGCAAAUUAUUAAUGGAGGAAAAGAUAAAGUGUUUUUACUUGAAAAACUACGGGCACUGCAAAUGGCAAAGCAAACCCCACCUGCACCAGGAGGACAAGGCCAGCAGAGAAGCUCUUCUUCAUACCACCCAUCCUGGCAGCCUGCCCAGCAAGUGCCAGGCUACCCAGGAAGGGCAUUUGACAGAAAACAAAAUGCUUCCUACAACGAGUAUCCCUAUGCUGCUGGGAUCUUAAGGGGGACUGGCUUCCCACAAGGGCUGGAGGGAAGCCCACGCAGCAGUGGGUCCUGCAUGUCAGAGGCAGUGGUGAUCUCUCUGCGGGCCAGAGAAGCAGCUCGGUGGGAAUACGAAGAUGAUGACACCUAUCCUUGACUGCGAGCCAGCAGAAUCAAUAAUGAAUGUACAGUGAGUGGUGUUCUGCAGAAAGCAGUGAUCGAUU